UGCCUCGGCGACGCGGCGCUCUUUUCAGCUGAGUCCGUUAUCAGGUCACAGCCAGCGCUGUACGUCUCCUGAAAGACCCAAACACAAUCCAACAAAAUGAUCAUCUACAAAGACAUCAUCACCGGGGAUGAGAUGUUUUCCGACAUUUACAAAAUCAAAGAGUCCGAGAAUGGGAUGAUGAUUGAAGUAGAAGGAAAGAUGAUCAGCAGGUCAGAAGGAGACAUCGAUGAUACCCUGAUUGGUGGCAAUGCAUCAGCAGAAGUCCAGGAUGAGGGCUGUGAUUCUGCAACGGUCAGUGGUGUGGAUAUUGUCCUCAACCACAAACUUCAGGAGACAUCCUAUGACAAGAAGUCUUACACAGCAUACAUCAAGGACUACAUGAAGGCAGUGAAAGCUAAACUUCAAGAGAUGGCACCUGACCGGGUAGACCCUUUUAUGGCUAACGCACCUGCUGAGGUCAAGAAAAUUUUAGGCAACGUCAAGAACUUUCAGUUUUUCACUGGCGACUCCAUGAAUCCAGACGGCAUCAUCGGUCUCCUUGACUUCCGUGAGGAUGGCGUCACACCAUACAUGCUCUUCUUCAAGGAUGGCCUGGAGAUUGAGAAAUGCUAAAUUUACCAAGUGUUUUCGGCCUCUGCUCUGUGGAUUGGGCCCGUGGAUUAAACCAGUCAUUCCCCUCAUCCUUUCCAUCAGGACCAGAGGCUCUUUUAACUUCACGAGGCCGCUGUUUUCAUUUUUUGAUUGACGUCCGUUCACGCGGAGAAGAUGUGAUGGUCCCUUCACGAAACUAAAAACAGGACUUUUAGCAAGACAAACCACAGUGUGAAAAUAUUGUGGUUAAAAACUGAAUUAUUUCAGGGUUUUCUUUUAUUCGGUCAUCUCGGAGUUGAAGUUGACUGCUGGCUUCUCAUCUGCUCUGCAUGUCAGCUUCUUGUUUCAGCAGAUGUACAGUUGUAUUCUCCCUCCCCCUUCCCAUUGAAUCACAGGAUUGUAUAGGAUUUCUUGGCACCAUUUGUGAAAAUAAAGUCAAGCUGCUGGCUAAUUAAAA